AUGGCAUGGGCGGAUGAAUCUGAUUCAGAACUAUCUUCUGUACCAAGCAGUCCUUUGUCUAGUGAGGAUGAAGCUCAUCCUUUGACACUCUCCGCGCGAACACACUCGUCGCCCUCUUCCCUGUCGUCCAUUGCGUCGGACAACCAGGAGCUCAUGCCACCUAUACCCAAUGAUCAAGGAUUUGCAGCAGCGCAUGCCGCGGGUCUGGCACCGGAUGCACCAGAAAGUAGGCCUGUCAUGUCGCACCGAACACUUUUGCGACGGCGACGAGCAUCACUAGUGCGUCUAUGCAAUGAACGAGGUCUUCCUGUCCCUCCCGAUGCAACUAAACUUGUAUUGACUGACAUUCUGGCAGGUGUACCACAGCCUGACAAUAUCUCUGUUCAUGCUGCGGCCCAACCCCCCCAGUCCCUUACGACCGCCCAGGAAAGCAAAGAGUUGCAAGGUCUAGAUUUGGAGCGACUUGAUCUCCUUGAUCAUGAAAUCUCGCCAGAUAAGUUGGAGAAGCUGGAAAAAAUCGGAAGUGGUGCGUUCAAGGAUGUGUACAAAGGGCGCUAUCAUGUGUCCCGUACACGAGUCAUGGAUGUUGCCAUAUCAGAUCUACGCAAUGAGUUGUCCGAUAUGGAUAUCAAAGAACUGACAUUCCUUCGGGACUUGCGGCAUGAAAAUAUCGUUAGUUUUAUUGGCGUGAGUGUCCCUAGCCAGCCUAUUAACACUCCAUGCAUGAUUGUAAGUGAGCUGUGUGAACAUGGUGAUCUAUUCGAUUAUAUCCGUCAAACACCCCCUCCUCCUGACGUGCACAUCUUCCGCAUACUGCUUCAAAUUGCUCGUGGCUUGGAGUACUUACACACACGCACACCCAUGGUCAUCCACCGUGACUGUAAAUCUACCAAUGUUUUGAUCACUGCGCAAGGUGUCGCUAAGAUCAGUGACUUUGGGUUUGCACGUGUAAAGCGCUCAGCUCGUGCUAUGGUACGCUCCCUCGUGGGUACUGUAAAUUGGCAGGCCGUGGAAUUAUGGGUUCCUAAGCCGAAUUACAAUGAAAAAGUCGACGUAUGGAGUGCAGCAAUGACAUUCUGGGAGGCACUUCAGUGGCAUCAACCGGAAAAACGGUAUCCUUUUCAAGGUAUGAAUGAGCACCAAAUCUACCAGCAUGUAAGGGAGCGCCGACAACGCCCGUUUGUUGGAAGUAUUCGCCGUCGUUUCGGGGACGAUAUUGUGGACUUAUUGGAUAAAAUGUGGGCUCAUAACCCUCGGGACCGUCCCUCCAUGACUGAGGUUUGCAAGGACUUGGAGAAGCUAUGCGUCGUUAAGAACCGCCGCACUAUCUACGCUCUGUCGAAGAAGACCAUUCUUCCUGACGCCCAGAUUGUGCAGCUCAUCCAGCAGGCUGUGCGUGAGGCCCCUUCGGCCUUCAACGUGCAGAGCAGCCGCAUUGUGGUUCUGUUCGGUAACCAGCACGACAACUACUGGGGCGAGAUCGUCCCGGCUGCUCUCCGUGCUGCCGCUGGUGAGAAGGCUGUUGCUGCCUCGAAGGACAAGCUCGCUGGCUUCAAGGCUGGCACUGGUACCAUCCUCUUCUUCGAGGACCAGAACCUGAUCAAGGGCCAGCAGGAGGCCUUCCCGCAGUACGCUGCUGGUUUCCCGGUGUGGUCGAACCACCACACUGGUAUGGCCCAGGUGUACACCUGGAACCUGCUUGAGGCUGAGGGUUACGGUGCUAACCUCCAGCACUACGGCAACCUCACUGCUGACACUCUCAAGAAGGUGUACAACCUUCCUGAGUCGUACCUUCUCCACGCCGAGAUGGUGUUCGGUUACCCCGAGCAGCCGGCUGGUGACAAGCCCUACCUGCCUGACGACGAGCGUGUCAUCGUGGCCAAGUAA